CAAAAAGUCAACUCAUCCAUCCUCUGUCUCCCUCUCUCUCAUUGUUCUCUCUCAUCAUUUCAAGCUAAAUAUCAAAACUUUCAACAAGUCCAAUUUGAUUUCAUCAAAGAUUUUCAUGAAUUAACUCUCCAAAUUACAAAAGCUUCAAACUUUAUCAUCUUCUUGACAGAAAAGUUGAAGAUGGGAAACGGGGUUGGCAAAUUAACCAUAUGUUUCACCGGAAACGACGUCGUUCACCGAAAAAAGGAAAUUAGUCCAGUUGUGAUUUCUGACCCAUUAGAUGAUUUGGGCCAUUCUUUUUGCUACAUCCGGCCCGAUCAAUCUUAUAACAACAACCCGUCUUCAAAAGUUCACUCCGCCGCCGAUGAAACAACAACUUUUCGAUUAAUCUCCGGCGCCGCCGUCUCUGCUAAUACAGCUACGCCACUUUCAACAGAUUUAUAUUCAUAUAAUAGUAUUGAUAAUAAAGCUUCAGCUUUUGAAAGCUCAACAUCAUUUGCUUCAAUCCCUUUACAGCCUUUACCAAGAAACUCAGUAAAUUCAGGUCCUUUAUUCCAUUCGGGCCAAAUCCCCUGUUCGGGCCCGAUUGAAAGAGGGUUUCUUUCUGGCCCGAUUGAACGUGGGUUUCAAUCAGGCCCGAUUUUCCCUGAAAAGGGCAUUCAAGAAACGCUUCAAAGAAGCUUUUCACAAGUGGGGUAUGGUUAUAAAUCAAGAUUAAGAAAAAGGUCUUUAAUUCGGGUCAUACAAAGGGCGAUUUCAAGAACUUUUGUGAAAAAUGGGCAGAGUUCUAUAGUUGCGCCCGUUGUUAAAAGUAUUGGAUCAUUGAAUUCUGUUGAGAAGAAUAAUAAUGAGUUGACUAUUAGUAGUGCAAAUUUAAGCAGUGAAAGUAGUUUUCUUGAUGAUGUGGAUGAUCAAGGUUUUAGUCAAAGUCAAAACCUUGAAUGGGCUCAAGGAAAAGCAGGGGAAGAUAGGGUUCAUGUUGUGGUUUCUGAGGAACAUGGGCUGGUUUUUGUUGGAAUUUAUGAUGGAUUUAAUGGUCCUGAUGCUCCUGAUUUUUUGCUGUCAAAUUUGUAUCAAUCUGUUCAUAAAGAGCUUAAAGGUUUGUUAUGGGAUGAUGAUGACAAGAAACUUGUUUCUUCGGAUUCUAGCUCUUCUGUUCAAUCUUUGGAAGGCUUGGAAUCUCAUGUUGAUGUUGAUGAUCAAAGUGAAAGAAAUCGGUUUUCGAAAACUGUUGAUCAGCAAGAAAGCUAUCCAUCAGGGACAGAGGAUUUAAAGAGUUUUAGGAGGAAAAAAAGCAAGAAUUCGAAGGUUAGGCAACGAGUAUCUGAGAAUCAGAGAUGGUGGAAGUGUGAAUUCGAUCGGGAGAGGCUGGAAUUGGAUAGGAGAUUGAAGGAAUAUGUGAACUCAAACGGGUCGGAUUCUGCUAACCAUUCGGAGGUUUUGAAAGCGUUGUCUCGAGGGUUAAAGAAAACGGAAGAGUCCUUUUUAGAUAUUGCAGACCAAAUGUUGGAUGAGAAUCCUGAACUUGCUUUGAUGGGGUCUUGUGUUCUUGUUAUGUUAAUGAAAGGGGAAGAUGUUUAUGUGAUGAAUGUAGGUGAUAGUCGUGCGGUUUUAGCUCAAAAACCCGAGCCUGAUCUAUGGAGGCAAGAUCUUGAAAGAAUUAAUGAGGAAACAUUAUAUGAUCUUGAGGUUUCGGAUGCUGACAAUGGUAGUGGAAACCCAAGUUUAACUGCUUGUCAGCUUAGCAUUGAUCAUAGUACAUCAAUUGAAGAGGAAGUUCAAAGAAUAAAAAGCGAACACGCAAAUGAUGCUUAUGCGUUGAUGAAUGAUCGUGUUAAAGGGUCGCUAAAGGUCACUCGAGCUUUUGGUGCUGGUUUUCUCAAGAAGCCUAAGUGGAAUGACGCACUACUACAAAUGUUUAGAAUAGACUACGUUGGCACUUCACCGUACAUAAACUGUGUCCCAUAUCUUCACCAUCACAAAUUAGGCCCAAGAGACCGAUUUUUGAUACUAUCCUCAGAUGGGUUAUAUCAAUACUUCACUAAUGAGGAGGCAGUUUCUGAAGUCGAACUCUUUAUUCAAUGGUCACCCGAAGGUGACCCUGCUCAGCACUUAGUUGAGGAGGUUCUUUUUCGUGCAGCCAAGAAAGCAGGUAUGGAUUUUCAUGAGCUGUUAGAAAUUCCACAAGGGGACCGAAGACGUUACCAUGAUGAUGUAUCCAUUAUAGUCAUUUCACUCGAAGGAAGGAUAUGGAGAUCGUGUGUGUAAGUAAAUGAUACAUAAACAACGAGAACUACAUAUGUAGAGGGAGGAAAUAUCCAAUCCAGUUCUUGAAUUUUUGAUCUUCUUUUUUCUUUUAAUUUAAAGACAAACAAGAAAGUUUAGGAUGUAAUGGUGUAAAAACCUUGCUCCAUGUUAAUUAAUACAAAAAUUUCAUACAAAAAACUUGAUUUU